AUGUCAGGUGCUGCGCUCGACAUGUCCCUCGACGAUUUAAUCAAAAGCAACAAAAAAUCCGCUGCUCGAGGUAGAGGCCGCGGCGGCGGCGGCGGCGGCGGCGGUGGUGGUCCCGGCCCGGCUCGGCGCCAGCCCAAUCGAUCGGCCAGUCGAGCAGCUCCCUACGCACCACCCAAGGCACCCGAUUCAGUUUGGGGUCACGACAUGUUCUCCGGUGGCGGCGGUCGAGCUCCGGCUUCUGGCAUAGAGACUGGGACCAAGUUGUACAUUUCCAACUUAGAUUACGGAGUCUCAAAUGAGGAUAUUAAGGAACUGUUUGCAGAGGUUGGUGACUUGAAGCGCUACAAUGUACACUAUGAUAGAAGUGGCCGGUCUAAGGGUACUGCCGAUGUAGUCUUCUCCCGACGACAAGAUGCAUUAGCUGCUAUCAAAAAGUAUAAUAAUGUCCAGCUGGACGGGAAACCAAUGAAGAUAGAGCUUGUCAGAACAAAUAUUCCAACUGUCGGUGCUGGUGCUGGUGCUGAUGCUGGUCUCGGUUUUCCAUCUACUGGUGCUUUUGGUGCUCCAAAUACUGUUCCUCGAAGUGGACAAGGCAGGGGUAGUUUCGGAAGACAGCGUGGUGGUGGCGGACGAGGCCGUGGAUUCGGAAGAGGCCGCGGUGGACGAGGAAAGGGCCGUGAUGAGAAGAUAUCUGCUGAGGAUCUUGAUGCUGAUUUGGACAAGUAUCAUGCAGAGUCGAUGCAGACAAAUUGA